UUAGGUACUUUGCACAAACUUGGUGUAUUUUAAGUGUUAUAUAAAAUUAGGUAAAUUAUUGUUCUUGUCUUGUUGGUUGUCGUAAGAUGGUAUUUUUUUCAUUUGAUGAACAUGUAUUCAGCCACCCUUGGGAAAAAGUGGUUGAAGCCGCUUUAAGAAAAUAUCCGAACCCAGAAUCUCCCAAUGUCACUGGGACAGAUGUCUUCGAACGUAAAGUAGAUGAAAAAGGAAGAUUGUGUUCACAACGUAUUAUAUCAUCUCUAUGGUCAAACUCCUACCUCAAUCUUAUUGAAAAAGUAGCAGGGCUCGACAUGAAAAAAACUUUUCAUGCGAUUGAAUAUUCUGUCCUUGAUCCAAAAGAAAGGUCAUUCGAACUCAGCUCAAGAAAUUACAACUUCAUGGAUUACAUUACUGUUGAUGAAAAACUGGUUUACCAGCCUCAUGCAACAGACCCUAACAUGACUGUAUUGAAACAGCAAUGGCACAUAACUUGCAAGAACUUGUCUUUUGUAAGCUUCUUUGAAAAUGCCAUGGGGACAACUAUGAUGGCGGCCUCUGUGAAGGGCCGACAAGGGAUAGAAUAUGUGAUCAACCAAGUAAGAGAAGAAGUUGAAAGAAUUGCGUCAGCGCCGAUUGAAGAGAUGCAAACCUUAGCCACGAACACGAUGAAAGAAAUUAAUUCAUUCCAACAAAGUAUUGGUGGUAUGGGACGACGCUGGGAGGAAAAUUUGCACGAAGAACUGAAUGAAUUUAUUGCAAAAUCAGGUUCAAAUUUAAUCGAACAGCCACAAAACUAAAGUUUUUUUUCCCAUUGUACAAGUUGUCGACUGGAGUUUGAUUUUCUUUUAGAAUAUUUUCCCUUUUUUUUUAUUUAUGUUCCCUUUUGUGUGCAAGUAUUUCUAUGCAUAUUUACUUCACAUUUCUUGCUGAAAACAAACCAUAAUUGUUGAUGUUCUUCUGGUAUUUUUGUAUUUCAACAACCCUACUUGGUUUCAUAAACAUUAAACAUAGGACUUGUUUUAUUGCAUUAAAACCACUGCAAAGGCAGUUAACACAUCAAAUAUUUAUGGCAGGUUGAAUAAAUGGUUAUUCUCUA